UGGGUAUUCGUUAAAACUCGGUUUUUGGGCCUCUUUUUGAGCUCUUGAAGCUUUUUUGAACUUUUAGAUACUCAGUGGUUGCUUUUGAAACAUGUAAGUGUAGGGUUGGUUGAUGUUGCAUUGUUACUGUUUGAUUAAUUGUCUAAGAGAAAGAGCUUUGCAAGACUGAUGAGUUCCGAUAUGUCGAUGAAUUCGUUUCGUUAGUAUUGAUACUUGUAUAACUUGUCUAUGGAGUUUAAGUAGGGAAGUUGAGCCUCAUCUUUUUCACAUUUGUUACUAACAUAUUUCUUUGACAAUUCUUUUUGUUAUUCCCCUGAGAUGUAAUCAUCAUCAUCAUCAAGUGUAUAUAUAUUUUUGAAGUUAUGAACUUCUUAAGGGGUCCAUAUAUAUAGUCUUAUACAACAAAUUGACAUAAAAUUUUCAACCAUCAUAUUGAAGUAAAAUAUCUUUGUGUUUAGCCCAUUCCUAAAAAUAUAUAAGUGUUUGAAUCGUUAUAUAUCGUGAGUUGUCAUGGAAGAAACAUUUGUUCCUUUUCGUGGAAUAAAGAAAGAUCUUAAAGGAAGACUAUUGUGCUACAAGCAAGAUUGGACUAGUGGCAUCCGUACCGGUAUAAGGAUUCUGGCUCCGACAACAUACAUAUUCUUUGCUUCAGCAAUUCCAGUUAUAUCUUUUGGGGAACAACUAGAAAGAGAUACGGAAGGGAGUUUAACUGCAGUUCAAACUUUAGCAUCAACUGCGCUAUGUGGCAUCAUCCACUCUAUAGUUGGAGGACAGCCACUACUUAUACUUGGUGUGGCUGAGCCAACAGUGUUAAUGUACACAUUUAUGUUCAACUUUGCAAAAGAUCAGAAGGAUUUAGGGAAGGCCCUUUUUCUCGCGUGGUCUGGAUGGGUCUGUGUGUGGACGGCUCUUUUGCUGGUUUUGCUAUCUAUUCUUGGUGCGUGCUCGAUUAUCAAUAGAUUCACACGUGUGGCUGGUGAGUUGUUUGGUCUUCUAAUCGCAAUGCUCUUCAUGCAGCAGGCUAUUAAAGGGGUUGUGGAGGAAUUUGGUAUUCCAAAAAGUGAAGAUGCCAAUGAGCCAAAAUUUCAACCUUCAUGGCGGUUUGGGAAUGGAAUAUUUGCAAUUGUUUUGUCCUUUGGGCUCCUUCUUACUGCUUUGAAGAGCCGUAAAGCAAGGUCAUGGCGUUAUGGAACUGGGUGGUUACGGGGAUUCAUUGCGGAUUAUGGUGUUCCGGUAAUGGUGGUCAUUUGGACUGGUGUCUCAUAUAUUCCGGUUAAUGACAUCCCUAAAGGGAUACCACGGAGGCUUUUCAGUCCGAACCCAUGGUCUCCUGGUGCCUAUUCAAACUGGACAGUUGCAAAGGAUAUGUUGAGUGUGCCACCUGUGUAUAUUGUUGGAGCUUUAAUCCCAGCAACCAUGAUUGCGGUGCUUUACUAUUUUGAUCAUAGUGUUGCAUCUCAGCUUGCCCAACAGAAAGAGUUCAAUUUAAAGAAACCUUCUUCAUAUCAUUACGAUCUCCUACUUUUGGGAUUUUUGACAUUAUUAUGUGGACUAAUUGGCAUUCCUCCAGCCAAUGGAGUUAUCCCACAAUCUCCAAUGCACACCAAGAGCUUAGCCACACUGAAACAUCAGCUUCUAAGAAGAAAACUUGUGGACACCGCUCGAAAUAGUAUAAAGAAAAAUUCAAACUUGAGCGAGUUAUAUGAAAAUAUGCAACAAGCAUAUAACGAAAUGCAGACACCACUUGUUUAUCAAAAUCCAUCAAGUCUGGGAUUGAAAGAGCUAAAAGAAUCCACUAUUCAACAAGCCUCGAGUAGUGGUUACAUAAACACACCAGUCGACGAGGCCAUUUUUGAUGUCGAUAAGGAUGUUGAUGAUCUUUUACAUGUUGAAGUUAAAGAACAACGACUUAGCAAUGCACUACAGGCGUUUAUGGUUGGUGGGUGUCUCGCUGCUAUGCCAUUGCUUAAAAAGAUUCCCACUUCUGUUCUUUGGGGCUACUUUGCUUUUAUGGCCAUUGAAAGUUUACCCGGAAAUCAAUUUUGGGAAAGAAUACUAUUGCUUUUCACUGCUCCAAGCCGAAGAUACAAGGUUUUGGAAGAAAAUCAUGCUACAUUUGUGGAAACGGUCCCUUUCAAAACGGUUGCUGCUUUUACAUUGUUUCAAACAGCUUAUUUGUUCGCGUGCUUUGGCAUAACAUGGAUUCCAAUAGCUGGUGUUCUUUUUCCACUUUUGAUCAUGCUUCUUGUUCCCGCAAGGCAAUAUUUACUUCCUAAAUUCUUUAAAGGUGUUCAUCUUCAAGAUUUGGACGCAGCCGAAUAUGAAGAAGCAUUAACCACGCCCUACAAUAUGGCCUUUGGUGAUGACAACUCCCAGUCAAGAGCCCAACAAGUCGAUACUGCAGAAGUUCUUGACGGGAUUAUAACAAGAAGUAGAGGUGAGGUUCGUCACACUAGCAGUCCAAAACUUACAAGUUUGACCCGAACUCCAGCAGAAGAAAUGAAGCCACUGUACAGUCCCCCUAUCUCACGACAGGUUCACAGCCCGCAAUUAACUGAGGUAAGGGUGGACAAGAGCCCUAAAUCACCAGGAAAAGGGCUAGAAACCAAAAGAACUCCUAGUCCGGGUCCAUCAAUCCUUGGUCAAAACAGUAAUGGUUCAUCAUCUUGCUAAGCUAGCUAAAUGGUUUGUAUUUUACUCACCGUUUGUUAUGUCUUGCGUUUCAUGUGUUGUAUGAACGGUGUGGGAUGAGUGUACAUUUUAUUUUCCAUCUAUAUUGGUCUAUAUGUAUGCAUAGGCUGGGCAAAACACAAAUCAACUUUACAAAUUUAUCAUGGAAUAAAAGCUUUAUAUGCAACUAUUUUGUGAA